AAUCUGGUGCAACGGUUGGAGCUUGAAAAAGUAGGUUUUUCAUCAAAAUUUGAAUUUGAUGCUGGGUUUGGUUCACCGUUGGAGAUGGUCUUAGGUGGAGUUUGGCAAUUCAUUUUUUAGAAUGUAAAAACCCUAAUACAUUUGGCAUUUGCUAAAAAGAUUAUUUUUUGUUGCCAUUUGGCAAAAAGUUCGUUUGACAAAUUUUAUUUUUUUUUGACUUUUGUGAGAAAAAAAAUGAAAUGAUUAUAGUUUGGAUAUGACAUUUUGUCUUAUUGACUUAUUUAGUCUAUUUUAUCUUUUAUCUUUUUUUAAUCCCAACUGGGAUAGCCAAAUGCGGGAAAUUUGGCCUUUUAGGUGUUUUAGCUCAAGAAAAUUAGGCCUAUGCUCUUUGGCUAGCCCAAGCCUAAUGGGCUUUACUGAUCCACCUUUUUUUUAUUGUUUAUUUUUUUCUUUCUUUUUCUCAAAGGUAGGAUUUCAUAAAAAAAUGAUAAAUAUCAGGUGUUAAGCAGGGAAGCCAUCCUCUAAUAGAGGACCAACUAACCAAGAAGGGGGGAUUGCCUCCAAACAUUGAACUUCCUCCCCGAAAACACAGCUCUGCGCCAGUGCUUUGAGCUUUGCAAAGUUGUUGGCUUUUGAACCAAUCUUGCCAAGAUGCAGAAUGAGGAGGGACAGAACAUGGAUCUUUACAUCCCCAGGAAGUGUUCUGCCACAAACAGGCUGAUCACUGCUAAGGAUCAUGCAUCUGUCCAAAUUAACGUUGGGCAUUUGGAUGAGGCUGGCUGUUAUACUGGUCAAUUCACCACUUUUGCGCUCUGUGGAUUUGUUCGUGCCCAGUUUAGGCAGGGUGGAUGUUUUUGGAGAGGUGGAAAACUCUUUCUCAUAUGAAAAAAUUCUGAAGGCUGGGGAUUCAAAAGAGUAUUUCUGGAGAGGAAGAAUGGUAA